GUGGGGGGGGGUCUCCACUCUCUGCUCUCUCUCUCUCUCUCUGUAGCUUCCCAUGAGUUCCCCAAGCGAUCGCGCAGAAGAGAAGCUGGAGACUGUUAUCCAGAAACUAGAAGACACUGUCCUAAACCCAGAGGUAAGUGUAGAGGACAAGAGCCUGACUCUCCGUGGAGAAGGAGAAGGUGGCACACCGACUCCAGUACCGGCCCGAAUUCGGCAAAUUGUUACCAGGAAUCUAACAGAGGAAAGAAGAGAAGUGCCACAGGACAUGAGUUCCCUGGUGAGUCUUCGAGAAGAGAAUCGUAUGUUGCAGGAGGAACUGUCCCGCAUGGAGGACCUGUUGGCACAGAGCCACGCUGAGCGAGACGAGCUUGCUAUCAAGCAGUGUGCUGUCAGUGAACGGUUGGAGAAGAUAUUGAAGCUUGAAGUCUCUGAGAGGGAGCAAGAGGCAUCCGAAACGAAGACUGUGUCAGAUGUCCGGCGUCAGUUUGAGGAUGAAGAGAGAGUGUAUAAGAGAAAGCUUCAGGCCUAUCAAGAUGGGCAGCAAAGGCAGGCUCAACUUGUACAGAAACUCCAAGCCAAGGUUCUGCAGUACAAGAAACGUUGUGGUGAGCUGGAACAGCAGAUCCUUGAAAAAACCUCCGAGUCAGAACAGUUCAAACUCUCAUUACAGACGCGCUUGGAGACAACAGAGUCUCGCCUGAGGAGAACAGAACAUGAGCAUAACACUGACCUGGAGAAUGCCCUCAUUCGCCUGGAGGAGGAACAACAGAGGAGUAGCAGUCUGACUCAGGUCAACGCCAUGCUCCGUGAGCAACUCGACCAGGCUAACUCGGCCAAUCAGAGACUCAGUGAGGAUGUCCACAAAGUGACGACUGAGUAUGCCAAAGCUCGGGACGAACUGGAGCAGAGAGAAAUGAAGUGGCGUCGGGAGCAAGAGGCGUACAGCUCACAUCUCUGUAAUGAACACAGUCGGCUGCUGGUGCUAUGGCGUCAGGUGGCUGUGAUCCGCAGUGAUUUCACUGAGCUGAGAAGUGAGACUGAAAGGGGUCUUGUUGAGGUUAAGGGGACUGUCUCUAGGACGAUGCGUCGCAUGCAGACUGCCUGCCUGAACCUGGACUCAAACCUGCGACUGUCUCAGACAAGUGCCACGUCUACACUGGAGAAACAAACGGCUCAGAGAGUACAUGUUGAACAGCAGCUCCGGGAGAAGGUCAAAGAGAUGAUUCAGCUGCAGUGCAAGUGCGAUACGGAAAAGGCUGAGCUCCAUUCAAGGAUCGAUGAGCUGUCUGCUGCAGUGGAGAGACUGAGGGUGCAGAAUGCUGAGAAGGAGAGGAACAUUGCUGUACUGAACCACACACUGGAGAAGCUGGAGUCCAGCAAACUUGAAAGUACAAGUGAAUCCUCAGCAGCCGAAGGACUCAGGACUGAGGUGGAAACCCUCUACCAGGCCUUGCACAAUAUUGCUCAGGUUGUUCUGGCCGACGCGGAGUCUGCAGGCAAUCUUUCUGGGGAAGCAAGUGGUGAUGGAAACGAGAGCAGCUCUGGAAGACUGGGCUCGCCCCUGCUGUCGGGGUCCCCUCUCCUACGCACACCUUCCCCCCACAGACGCCCCUCACCCACUCGCACCCGGUCACCUCUGCGCAGCAUGUCUCCCUCUUUCAGUGAUUCCACACUUUCCGCCGUGCAGUCGGCUCUCCAGAAACGAUGGCUCCAAGUACAGGAGUUCCGAGUGAAACUUGAGGCUAUUCAGGAUGUGGCCAGCUCACUGAGGAAGCAGCUGGGAGACAGUGAGAGCGAACGAAGACUCCAGGAGCAGAAGAUACUGAAUCUGAAGGAGGAAGCUGAGGAUUCAAAGCGAGCCAAGGAAGAUGCUAAAAGGGAUGCUCUCCGCUACAAAUCCUCGCUGGAAAUCAUUGGAAGUGAGAAGGGUAACUUGGAGAAGCUGGCACACUCUCUAAACCAGCAGAUUGAUAACCUGCAGCAGGACGUGGAACAUCUGAAAGCUAUGAAUGGAGACCUCCAGAGGCAGCACCAACAUUUGGAAGAUGAGAAGGAGGAAGUGAACAAAGACAAAGAGCGAGCCAAGAAAGAAAUUGAAAGAAGGCAGAAGGCUUUAGAAAUGAUGGAAAUGGAGAACUCUGCCCUGAAGAAGGAAUUGGUUGGGUUGAAAGAAACCUUGAACAAAGCCACACUGGAGAAGGAAGUGCUGGAGAGUGAGAAAGCAGGCUUGACUGAGGCUCUCACCAAGGUGGAGUUGGCCAGUGCAGACCUGGAGCUGUCACUAAACAAAUUGAAGAGUGAGGAGGAGGGCCUACAGGAUUCCCUCAGCAAGAUGAGCGCGCUCAACGAAGGCUUAGCUCAGGAUAAGGUGGAGCUGAACCGUGCCAUCCUCCAGAUGGAAGCUGAAAAAUCAGCACUGCAAGGACAGAAGAAAGAGGUCGAACAGGAGAAGGCCAAAAUACGGGUAGUGUUGACCCGCGUGGAACAGGAGAAGAUGGACCUCGACACAGAAAAACAUGGUUUGGACCAGUCUCUGCAGAUUGUGGAAGAGAGCCGGGAGAAGCUGGAGCAGGAUCUGCUGAUACUACGCAGAGAGAAAGCCCAGCUUCAGGAUCAACUCGCACAGGUGAAUCGCCAGAAACAGACUAUGAGUGAGCAGUUGGUGCAGAUCCAGCGGGAAGUGGAGAUUCAGAGCGAGGGGAUGCUUCGAGCCAGCAAGGAGAAGGAGGAGCUGAUAAAGGAUAAGGCCAACCUAGUGGUGCAGCUAACCUCUGCCGAGAGGGAGAGUAAAGCCCUGGCUGAGGAGGGGGCAGCUCUUAGGGCAGAUAAGGAAGCUUUGGAAACUAGCCUGUUUGAAGCUCAGCAUCUCAUCACGCAGUUGGAGACUCGUAAGGAACAACUAGAAGGAGAGAACCAGACCAUUCUACUUGCUAAGGAGUCCCUUCUAGUGGAGGUUGACCACAUGCGAAAGGAGAUGGAGUUGCAACUAGGAACCGCUGAAAGAGACAAAGAGUUGUUGAAGCAGAAAUUGGGGCAGGUGGAGCACGAGUCACAGAUGGCCCUGAGAACAGAGCAGCGAGCUCACGAGGAGGACCUUGAACACCUGCAGAAAGAAAAGGAACAUCUGCGCCAGGAGCUGACGGCAGAGAAGGAUGAGAUGAUCCAUCGCCUGCAGCAGGAGCGGGAGGAAUUGGCCACCCGUUUCGAAGUGGAGAAAGAAGAAAUGAAUGAGCAAAUCCUCAACCUUCAGCAGGACCGGGAUGAGAGUCUGAUUCAGGCAGAGAGCAACAAACAGCAGGCCUUGUCUUUCAAAGAGUCAGAAAAAAAUAUCCUGGCUGAAAAGCUCAGCCACAUCCAACGGGAGUUCAGCAAUUCUAACAUGGAGAUUGAUCGCCUGAAACGAGAGUCUUUUAGCCGACAGGAACAGGAUAGGAAUAUCAUUAACAGCAUCAAUGCUGAAUUCAAGACCUUCCGAGGCCAGUUUGAGGAAUCGGUGACCAUCCAUGAGAGAGAAAUUAAGAGCCUCAAUGAGCAGCUUAAAGUCUUGGCCCGUCAGAGAGAAGUGGCCCUCAGAGAGGUGGAAGAGUUAAAGACCCAGCUUCGUAUGGCAGAGGAUGCUCGCGAUGGAACCCGCCGGGACCUCACUGAAGCUCACAGGAUGGUCCGAGAGAUUGAGGAGGCUCAGGAGGUGCAACGGAAAGAGAACCUGGAGCUCAAGCGUGUUCUAAACGAUGAAAUCCGGGAGAAGGAAGCUAUUCAGAAUUUCAACGAAGAGCUCAGGAACAGCAUUAAAAAGAUUGAGAGUGAGAGAAUCAGCUUAAAGAGGACGAAUGAAGAGAAGGAUCAGAAGAUCAGCAUCCUGGAUGAAGCUAAGGGUGCAGUUCAGAAAGAGGCAGGUGACCUGCGUGCAAAUCUCAGAGAGGUGGAAAAAUCCAGGUUGGAGGCUAGGAGAGAGCUGCAGGAUGUUCGACGACAGGUGAAGAUGUUGGACAGCGAGAACAAUAAGAAGAGCAAGGAGUUGGUGGAGCUGCAGGCCCACAUGGCACUGGAGAAGCAGCGCGAGGAGGAGAACAGGAGGGAAUCCUUCAGCCUCAAACAAAAAAUCGUGGAGGCUGAGGCCAGCCGGGAAUUGGCUCGCAAAGAGAUUACAAGUCUUCAGAGGAAGCUGUCAGACAUGGACAGUGAGCUGCGAGCACGGGAGAAGGAACUGGCUGACCAAUUAGAGGAUUGGCAAGCCAAGGAGAAGAAACUCCUGGGCACCAGCCACAGUGCAGAAGCGAAGCUGCACCAGGCCAGGGAAGAGACAGAUGAGGUGAAGCUGAAGCUCAGUGCUGCUGAUGGACGCAUAAUUGGACUCGAGGAGAAAUUAGCCAGAGUGGAGGGUGCCAAGAGGGAGACUGAGGUCAAACUAGGUAGCCUGUACUCUGCUCUACGCAGGACGCUGGGAAUCACCCGCAUUGGACGAACUCAGAGCCCAGGAUUGUCCCGCCGCAGUCCAUCUCCAAGAAGACCUCGCUCUCCCACUAAAGGUUUUGACAACACUUUCACCACAACCACAGAUGGCCGUGGCAGCCCAAUCCCACUCACCGGAUCUCCUGACAGAAGUCGCUCAAGAUCUCCUUACCGUCCCAGCUCACCUUCCCGCGGGGAGCAGAGCGUGGCAGAUAUUGACCCAGACGUUGUACGAGCUGCGCUUCGAGACUUCCUGCAGGAGCUUCAUGACGCACAGAGGGACAGGGAUGAAGUUCAUAUUCAGGGCGUGAACCUGGCACGACAGCUGGCAGAGACUGAGGCAGACCGUGACCGGACCAACACUCGGAUACAGCAACUCCAGAAAUCCUUAGCUGAGACAGAGGAAGGUAAGCGUGGGGUGGAUGGACGGCUCAAUAAUGCCCAAACUGCACUCAUGCUGCAAGAAGAAACAAUAAGACGAGGAGAGAGAGACCGGAAGGCCCUGGUUGAACAGAUGACUGCAUUGGAACGCAGCUUACAAACAUCAGAAAGUGAGAAGAGAGCCCAUCAGGAGAAGAUGAAUAAGAUGAAGGCCAAUGAAGCCAAGCUGGAGGCAGACAAGAGGAAGUUGAAGGAAGUCCUGGAAGUAUCUGAGACCCGAGUGACCAAGCUCGAGCUGCUACGCCGCUCUCUGGAGGGAGAGCUGCAGCGGGUGCAGUUGACGAUGAACGACCGUGAGACUGAGAUCUGUAUCCUGCAGGACCGAACUGAGACACUCCAGCGGCAAGUGGCAGACACAGAGACGAAGGCCACCUCCCUCCAGUUGACCAUUGACCGUCUGUCUGCAGCCCUGGCCAAGACCGAGGAAGCUGAGAGCCAGCUGAAGGACAAGGUGCAGAUUCUGUCGCUGUCCCUCUCAGACACAACCUCCAGUGCCUCUGUGCUCCAGGAACAGAUUUCACCAUUGCAGAAAGCCUUAAAGUCCAGCGAGCAGGACAGACGAGUGUUGCAGGAGCGCCUGGACUCACUGCGCCAGGGUCUCUCAGACACCAAAAAGCAAAAUCAUUCCUUGGUGGAGCGUGUGCAACUCUUGCAGAAUGAUCAGGCAAAUCUGGAGCUGCGCCAAAUGGAGUUGGAGGGAAAGAAUCGACAGCUACAGGAACUGUUACAUCAACGGCAAGAGAGUCAGGCGGAGGCCGUGAAACACGUAGAGAAGCUUCAACAAGAAAAGUACAUUUUCCAGGAGCGAGUGACUGGUUUACAGAGAGCUAUCGCUCAGCUGGAGAAUGAAAAACGGGAGUUUGAGCGCUCAAGAAGCCGUCUUGAAAAGGACAAAUCUGCUCUAAAGAAAACAUUAGAUAAGGUUGAACGGGAGAGGCUAAAGUCAGAGGAAGAUGCUGUGCGGCUUUGUGCUGAGAAGGGACAGCUCGACCAGUCACUCAAUGGUGUGGAGAUGGAUCUGGCAGAAACACAAAGACUGAUUCAGCAGCUACAGGCUCAGACAGCUAAUAUGGAACGGAGCCACUCACAGAACUUGAUCGAGCUAACGGCUCGCCAUCGUCAGGAGCUCGAGAUGGAAACAGAUCGACUUCAGAGCUCUCAGCUACAGGCAGAGAGAAUGCUGGAGGCCAGAGAGUGGGCCCACAGGCAGCGGGUGAAGGGACUGGAAGAACAGGUGUCCACUUUGAAGGAACAGCUGGAUCAGGAGAUGAGGAGAAGACAGGCCUAUAUUUCUCAGAUCCUUCGGUCAGGCAAAUAACCUGGGCUGUAAUACAUGCUUCAAGCUGUGCCGAUAGAGGUGACGGCUUCAUGCUGGUGACCACUUAUGGACUCUGAAAGCAGAGCACACCCAAUGUAGGCAUCUGGAAUAGUUUUCUCAAAUGUGUGUCUCAUGUGUUGGGGUUUCAUUACUCAAAGGUUGCAAGGAAAAGCGUCUUCUUCAUUGGCAUCAAAAGGGUCAUUACAGUAUUGAUUGUAAGGUAGGAAUAAUUCUUGGAUAGAAUUUUAUUCCGUGCGAGCAAUCACUAAUUUAACUUUAGCAAUCCUUUGUAGAAGGAGAGGGGGGAGUUUCAAAGCAAGCGUGAUUGUUCAUAAAUAUCCACUGAAAAGUCCAGUUCGGUCUAUUACUAAAUGAGGUAUUUGUAUGCUGAUAUUGGGGAUCAACUUUCAAAUACUAAGUCCUGUAGAAUAAGGUUUCAUAUACAUCUAAUUGCAUUGCAGUGCUGCUUAAGGUCACUGGAUUCUGCUUAAGCUUACUGGAUUCUUUGGAAUUCUGGAGUGGCAACCUUACAUUUAAUAAUUUAAUACUGUUACAUUUAAUAAUGAAAAGGUUUUGUCUAAGAAAUGACUAUUCCUCUGAAAGAAGCAAUUUGUUUCCUCUGCAUAGAUGACAAAACUUGGUUUUCUUUUUCAAACCUUUUAAUUUUUACUUAUUUUUCAUUUUGUGAUGGCAUAAAUAAAGAUCUCAUUAAAAACACAAAUGAAAUCGCUGCAGGAACACUUGCUGUCCAUCAAAAGGGGAGAUUGGACAAGACUUCCUGGCACAUCAUCAUUUGGGGUUUCAAGCCUAUGAAAUUGCAUUUGUGUGAAGUAGUUUAUUUUAAUGUUAAUCAUGCGAGCCAAUGUGAAGCCUUAUGUAUAAAUCUCAUUUUAUAAAAGUAUUUACUAUAUUUAGAAUAUUUUAACUCCGUUAAUGUUUCAGGUAUGGGGAGUAUUGAUGAUAUUACUACCUUUCCAGGUCAAAUUAACCACUCAACUACCCAGGUGGCCUACAUUUGUUAACCUGCUUAAUUAACCAUUUAAGAUUAAAAUGAUGCAUUAUUCCUAGUUUCAUGUAAAUCGGUUGGCCCCGUAACACUUCCCAAGUGUAUUGUCUUUCCAUUUUAACUGAGUUUAUUUUUUGUUGUUUUCAUGGUGCUAUUAGGACCCUUCUGGGAAGCAUUCCUUUUGAACAAGCAAUGGCCAGAGGGGUGAUUGACAGGAGUGUGGGAACAGUGUGUGCAAUUGAAGCAACCCAUCUUCUAUGACAAAUGUGUUACCUUGUCUGGAACAGUGGUGCUGGGAGGGAAAUCCCUCGUAUUACAUUCAAAAACAUGCAAGCUCAUGCACAUAUCAUAAACACUAUCAUAAAUGUCUGUCACUCACACACUGAUAGACAUUUAGGCAGUCACUCUACAUACAAUUUUGCAAGCUUCAACCUUUUUAGUACACUCAGAAAUACAGAAUGUUGAUAUGCCCUCUCUCAUGCACAUACACGCACAGUAAUGCUCUCGCUUGAUCCCAGACUUAUCAAAUAAUAAAGUUUUACAUUCUCAGUAACAUGCAAAGAAGCUUAUAAAUUGGCAAGAAGCCUAGUUCUUCAUUUUGCAUAUCAGCUGGAGGAAGGAGUGGCAAUUUACUCAGUUAGCUCAGACCAGGUUCACAGUGAAUAAGCUGGAGGAGAUAGCUGAGGUCAGGUUCAUGGUGAAUGGACUGGGAGGAGAGUGCUGAGAUCCUGAGUCUACCUCUGUCGAUAGUCAUUUGGCUUAUCAGGGAGAAAUCUCUAUAGCUUUGCGUGAAAGAGAGGGAAAGUUCAGAGUGCUGCAUCCACAAUAGAGACUGGAAAACACAACCUGGUGAGGGCUGCAAAGUGACUUGAUGUCUUUUGUUUAAAGGCACCAAAAUAUUUGUGCCUUUAAACAAAAUGAAUACACAAGCGAUUGGAGGGGGAAGGUGCAACAUCAUCAAAACUUGUAUUCAAUGAGUUAGGCGAUUUUUAAGAAUAGGCAAGAUUCUUGUAUGGAGCAGUUUAUUGCACCAUUGGAUGGGAUUUUCCUCCUCCUUGCUGGGAUGUGUUUUUUUUGGUUGCUGCACAAUGUUACAAUGGAUCAAGAUUUAACUGCACAAUAAAUGGCACCUCCAGAUUUAACAGCCAUCAAUGCAGCGUGCACAGGAUCAGACACGGUUACAGCUUUGGCCUAGUUUAACUCUGAGAAUUCAGAGAAUGAAAGGCUCCUUGUUGUCAGGAGGCUGGUGCUUGAAGCCAGGAAUUCUUGCUGCCAGAUUCCCUGCACCUAAGGUUCUUGCUCCUAUUACAAGAACGUGUUGUGUAUGAGAUUUGCAGAUCAGUAUAAUUCAGUAACAAGUUAACUGUCAGCACUAACCUCAGAUUAACGUGGGAGAGCCUGUGCAGAGAGACACUGGUGAAGGGGAGUGAGAUGGGAUGCAAAUAGUUCCAAGAUUGUAUUUUGAGUGUCACUGCUCUGUACUGCUGAGGCCUUGCUCUGCUGGUGAUCUCUCUCUCUGUAUACAGUGUUGUGAGCCUUGGGGGAUAGAGAGUAAUAUUAAUGAAUCACUGCUCCUUGUUGCUGUGGGUACUCCAUGUACUCAGGAAUUAAACACUGUUUUUGUUGAUAGUUUUUCAUACGCUGUACUGAAAACCACCGAAGAGAUGACUGGGAUUUUCUUGUAUCUAAGAUGAGCCUCAUUAUCAUCAGCGUGCUUUCCCUGAAGUUCUGAUGCAUCCUAGAUUUCUGCAUCAAUAGAAUGGUGGCUCAUCGUGUUUCAGUCACCUUUUCUCUCCCCAUCUUGUUAAGCGCUUUGAGACAUCCCCACAACGUGAAAGGCUCUACAUAAAUGUAAAUUGUAUUGUGAGUGAUCCCAAUAAUAUACAGCAGCAAUGUUUAUAAUGUGGUGCAGGAACUAUAUGCACCCCACUUCCUCAAUACAACAACAAAAUUACAUUUGUUAAGCGCCUUUCACAUCAGGAGGACGUCCCAAUAUAGGCUUUCUGUGCGUCUUUUUUCACAAUGUUUCAGCGUAGGAUGUUGGUCAGGAUGACAUUUACGCUGCAUUCUUUCCCCUUCACCCCCACCCCCCUCUCCUGCAGAAGAAAGGAGGGGGUGUUAAGGAAGCAUGAAAUUAAAAAAAAAAAGUGUUAUGACUACUUGUAUUGCACUGGUCAAUAGUCUGGUCCUCAAUUAGCCUCUGCUCACAACCUGUCCUGCUUGUGAACUAUGGGACACUAAUUGCGGUGGUCAUUGCCUCACUCUUGCCAGUGUGCCUUGUAUUCUGUAUGAAGCUCGUGCCCAUGAAAAUGCAGUGUACAAAUCAUACCCUGCAUCGGAAACUGAUUUUUUUUUAAACCUGUAAUUUCUUGGCUGUGUUGUGAUUAAACCGGAACCAUGGUACUGUCUGAUUUGUUGUCUGUGUCCUAAUAUUGAGACUCUCCUGGAGCCUUACGUCAAUUUGCUGAAUGAAUGCAAGAUGUUAACAAAUCACUGUUUGCAAAAUAAAGAUAACCCACUACGUA